UUCAAGGCAAUGAAUCUUUAUAAAGCCCAAGCGCUGGUUAUUGACAAGCUACAUUCUCUCCUGACAGGCCACAGAGAACAUCUCCAUCAUGAACUUCAAUGGAAAGUUUGAACUCCAGUCCCAAGAAAAUUUCGAGCCUUUCAUGAAAGCCCUUGGUCUUUCUGAUGAAUUGAUCGAGAAGGGCAAGGACAUCAAGAGCAUCUCAGAAAUUGUACAGAAUGGCAAAAAGUUCAAGGUCACCGUGACAACCGGCAGCAAAGUGCUGACCAAUGAGUUCACUAUUGGAGAGGAGGCUGAACUGGAGACCCCAACUGGAGAGAAGGUCAAGGCUGUUGUUCAAAUGGAAGGUGACAAUAAACUCGUCACGAACUUGAACAAAAUAAAAUCCGUCACUGAAAUAAAGGGAGACAUAGUCACCAACACAAUGAUCCUGGGAGACAUCAGCUACACGCGAAUCAGCAAGAGAAUCUAGCUAUCCUGUGCAUUUCCUAUACUGUGUAAAGUGUGCCCAAUAAAGUACAGUUUGUAUUAAAGCA